AUGGAGACUCGGCUCCGAAGGAAGCGGGACGGGACCCCGGAGGCCCUGGGCUGGGCUGUGGCCGAGACUCAGCGCAGCUGCCCGGACAUACAGGGGGCAGGUGCAAGGCUGGUCACCGGCACCCCGGGCGGCCACGCGGAGCAGAGCGGCUCGGCUCCUGGGCCCCGGGGAGGAGGCGGCCUCUGUCCUCCUGCCCAGCGAGGGGGCGGGCCGGGCCGUGUCUCUGUACGGGUGACAGCCUGGCCCUGGCCCCGGACCCUGAGUUUCCGGCCUCUCGGGGCACCAUCGUCAUCGUCACGCGGCCCCGGGGUGAGGGGCAAGCGGGUGCCCGAAAAACGGCGCUGGGAGAUUUUCCCCGAUGCUCCCAGGCAGGAGCUCAGCGUCGCCGGAAGCACCCUCAGCUGGCCGGGGCGGGGGACCCUUUGGGAGGACUCUCUCCUCUGUUGCUCGGGGAGCUGGUCUGAUGAGGGCCGGGUGGCUCCUGUUCCUCUAGGACCAAGAGGCUGGUCUGUAGUGGAGGCUGGUCUCUGUGGAGGCUGGUCUGUGGUGGAGGCUGGUCUAUGGUGGAGGUUGGUCUCUGUGGAGGUGGGUCUGUGGUGGAGGCUGGUCUCUGUGGAGGCUGGUCUGGGUGGAGGCUGGUCUCAGUGGAGGCAGGUCUCUGUGGAGGCUGGUCUGUGGUGGAGGCUGGUCUCUGUGGAGGCGGGUCUCUGUGGAGGCUGGUCUGUGGUGGAGGUUGGUCUCUGUGGAGGCCCGUCUGUGGUGGAGGUUGGUCUCUGUGGAGGUGGGUCUCUGUGGAGGCGGGUGUCUGUGGAGGCUGGUCUGUGGUGGAGGCUGGUCUCUGUGGAGGUUGGUCUGUGGUGGAGGCUGGUCUGUGGUGGAGGCUGGCCUCUGUGGAGGCAGGUCUCUGUAGAGGCUGGUCUAUGGUGGAGGCUGGUCUCUGUGGAGGUUGGUCUAUGGUGGAGGCAGGUCUCUGUGGAGGUGGGUCUCUGUGGAGGCUGUCUGUAG